ACCAAACAUAAAUAAAUUAAAAAUAAAAAAAAACUUUAAUAUUAUUCAACAAAAUUCAAAAAGAUUUACGAAUGCCUUAACAAAUUUUGCGAAAGGAAUAGGGGCAGUAGGAUGGUUCAUAUGGACGACACCUAGGUAGGGGAAUUCAAGGCAACAUCUGGCAAAUAGUUGAGGAUUAGAAAGGAAAUGAAUUCUUGGUUAUAAAAAUGAUUUAGGAAAGAAGGGAAAAUGUGCUCCUUCGUUUGUUCUUUUUUUCUUUUUACUGUCUACUCUAUUCAUAACCAGAUAUUCAACUCACUACAUAUUUCAUAAAGCAAAAACAAAAACAAAAAGAAUAAAUAAAAAGAUCAUCAAUUUUACCGUUCGUACACUACAGCUUCUUCCAACAGAAAAAAGGAAGGAUUAUAUUUGGAAUAUCUACCAUUCUCAAUACCUCAAGGGCAAGACUUAUAAAAGAAGUAAAUUUGAAGGAGGGCGAAAAAAGAAUUACCGAUUUUGGCUUAGCGGUCGGAUUUGUUGUGGAAGGCAUCGCACCGUAGGAUCUGAUCUGACGUUCAUUUGGGAGCAUCAUGAUCCGCUCGUUCGUUCCGCGCCGUCUGAACCUAACCACAACACCACUACUCAAAGAAGAAAAGAGAAAAUAAAAAAAAGAAAACGUCUUGGAAUUUUUUGGUAGGAAUUGAAAUUUAAAGGGAAACAAUUGAUAUAAUACAGAGAUUGCUUGUCCUUUCUUCAUUUUUCAUCAUUGGCCUUUGGCAGGCAUUGUAAAUUGUUAUUCCAAGAAAAUAAAGGUGCAAAUGCAUAAAUCAGCUACUGAUGGCGUCAAGCCUUCAUCGAUGAGCCGUUCAAAUAUGGAUCCUGCGUCCCUCGACAUGCCAGAGUUAAAAAACGAGUUGGAUAAUUUGCUUGACUCUUCGUUAGAGAGUAGUGGAAUUGGAGCUACUUCUUCCUCCACAUCUCCGUUUCUCGGAGCUUCUAAUUCCGAGAAAGUUUACCCAGGUAGUAACAAUAAGGAUCCUUAUAGACUAAAAAAUAAUACUUUACUAUCGGGAACAACAUCCCAAUUCAAAGAUUUAUCAAACGAAAUUUGGCCAAGUCUAGGUUCUGGUGCUACAUACGAACCUUCUGCUAGUGAACGACACAGAAGUUCGUCUUUGUCAGCGUCCGAGGAAUCUACAAAAUUGAGUGGAAUGACAGCUACGAAUUAUACUACUUCUACAGCUAAUGUUCCCAAAUUGUCCAUUCCUCCCUCUGCUUCUUUGGCUGUCUCUCCUCCUACAAACAGGGCUCGUACAUCUUCCCUUUCUUCUUCGACUAAAUACGAUCCCUCUUUUCCAUGGACUUCUAAGUUUUCAGCUGCUCCUUCUUCUUCUACUGCUUCCUCUUUGAAGCAACCCGUCUCGUCUAUGUCUCUUCGUCCAUCUACGGACACAUCUCCUGCGUCCGAGUCUGGUCAGCGAAAAUCUUCUUCUAGCAGUGCAACGUCUAUCCCGACUUCUGCUGCUUCCGAAAUCAUUUCCAACAAGGACCCAGUAGUUUCUAUGAAUUCUUCGGUCAAUUCAAAUGCUGCUGCAUACAAUAAACGUUCAAAGGGUUCUAAUAGAUUACGCUCUUACACGCUACCUUGGAAUCCCCGAGUUUUUAGUUCAUCUGGUGGCUUUAUGUCUUCUUCGCUCGCUCACCCCAAUACUCUUUCUUCUACUUCCUCUAAUGCGAAUCAAUCUGACAUUUCUUACAUACCAUACAAUCAGCAGCUUCCAUCGGUUCCUGCUGAUACAAAACUUUCCGCAGAUUCCAGCUUGAAUUCAUCUGCCGUACCAUACUUAAAUCAUGGAAGUUUGGACCAGUUGAAUCCUUCCCCAUUAUGGACAUCCGAUUUGUCCCACUUAUCGCACACUUUGCGUACGGGCCGUUCUGGCUUUGUUCCUUCUGGCAAAUCGAGUACUGAUCCAUCCGAUUCCGGUAAUAGUUCAAAACAUGUUGCUCACAACUCUGAACGUUUGGACUCCUCUCUGAACGCUCCCUUUGGCCUGGUAGAUUCGCAGCAUAAUUUUCAUGCUAAAAAUCUGCAAAGUGGUUUUGCUUAUCAAAGACCCCAGGCGUACGGUCUCAACAAUAAUCCACUUAAUCCCAACAACCCCUUAGCAUUUAAGGGAUCGGCUUUUGAGGCCCCUGAACGCCCGGGUGGGAUGGACGUUGUUCCAGAGCUUCCACCUCUCGGUUCACUCAACCCCAGAUCUCAGACAAUGUUAAACUCUCGUCGUCGAUCACAGUCUUUAUCCUCUACUCUUACUCACCCUCCGACGCCAGUUUCAUCAUUAGUGGGAGGAAUGGUUGACCCUGCGGAUCGGGGGUCACCAAAAGCCAAAGGCUCACCUUCGUAUAAUCCUUCUUCCUUAACAAAUGCUCCUUCCCCUCUCAGCACAAGUAACAGCAGUAUCAGAACCUCUACUCCUGAUACAAGCAGCGUUAGUGUCAAUAAUGUUGGUAGCACAAAAAGUGUCCUUGACGCCAAUAGUACUACAGGUUGGAGUGGUAUUGGGGAUGCCACUAUUGGAAAUCUUACUCAAUCGGAGCCGACACAUGCUUUAUGGAUCGGCAAUCUUCCUGUUGGCAUCUCUUCAGAUACCGUUGCUGCUACUUUUGCUUCUCAUGGCACCAUUACUAAUAUAAGAAUGCUUUCUCAUAAGCAUUCCGCUUUUAUUAAUUUCGAUAGUGUCAAUACAGCAAAGUAUAUUUUGGAAGAGCUUAAUGGACAAUGUAUUUUUUUGGAUUCUAACCCUAUCUGCAUCGGAUUUGCCAAGGUUGCAUCUUCAAGUUCUGAAAACGCUCAAACAGCUGUCGAUGGUUUGAACAAGGCUUUUUCCAACGUGUCAUUCGUUACAUCUUUACGAGAAGUUUAUGAUGAUAUAAUUGGUGUUAUUAAAUCCUUUGGGUAUGAUGAUCUCUCUAAUAUACGUCCUAUUUUAGAUACUGCCUGUGAUUUAACGGAAUUUACAGCCCAAAUACCAUCCAUCUCUAAAGCAUUCAGUAGCCGCCGAUUAAAUGCUCCUAAACUUCGGCAAGUCCGUAAGCGGAUUGACAAUGGUCUUUGUACUCAAGAGGAAGUCGAGGAAAUUGCCGUUAACUGGUUAGAUGAAGUAUCAGAUCUUGCUAGUGACCACCUGGGUAAUACAGUAGUACAGAAGCUAUUUGAUUACUGCUCUGAUCCCGUUAAAGAAAUGAUGUUAGAAAGGAUUGCUCCUCAUCUUGCGCAGAUUGGAAUUCAUAAAAAUGGUACCUGGGCAGCUCAGAAAAUUGUUGAUGUAGCCUCUACUGAAUCUCAAAUGCUUCUUAUCGCAAAGCAUCUUCAGCCAUAUAUACCUCUCCUUUUUGCAGACCAAUUUGGCAAUUAUGUGGUACAAACAUGUCUCCGAUUUGGUUCGCCAAUGAAUAAUUUCGUUUUUGAAGCUAUAAUGAAUCAAUUCUGGGUAAUUGCUCAAAGUCGCUAUGGUUCCCGUGCUAUACGCACUUGUUUAGAAAGUCCUGAUGUUGUUGAUGAGCAGCGAGUUUUGGUUGCCGCAGCAAUAACUGUGUAUUCAGUACAUUUGGCCAUGAAUGGUAACGGUACACUUUUGUUGAAUUAUCUGAUUGAAAACAUGAAUUAUCCUAAUAUAGCUGUGCUUUUAACGCAGAGAUUCACGAAAGAUAUUGUGCGAGUUUGUACUCAUCGACUGGCCUAUAACUCUUUGCUGAAGAUUCUUUCGAUGCCUCAAGAAGAAACUAUUUGUGCUGAUAUGGUUGUCGAAGCUAUUCUGGGUAAAUCCAAUGACUUGAAUACAAGCUCUUUGGAAAAAAUAAUAAUGGAUCAAAAUUACGGGCCCUCUUUCCUUUGUAAGCUAAUGACAAUUGAAAAAAUUUCACCGACAUAUCGACACGCUCUGCAGCAGGCUGUUAUCUACGCAUUAGAGAGGAUAGAAGACCGGGGAUCCUCUGAAUUAAGGAAGCUUUCGGAACUUUGUAGUUAGGAACUUCCAAAAGGUACUUUUUGGAGUAUUGGAUUUUCAUUUUUAAGGAAAAAAUGCAAAAGAAUUGCAUCUAAUGAUUUAGAGUUACUUAUAACUUAACGAAGAAAAAGGAAUCUUCGUCAAAAAGCUGUCUGUUUUUGUUACCACUUUCUCUUUCUGUUAGUUUUCCCCUUAUCUAUUAGUUAUGAAUUAAAAUGUUAUGCCUUAAAAUAAUAACAUGUUUCUGUUUCGUACAAACCAUUCAAUAAGAUUAAUUGAGGUUUGAAAGCUGUAGAUAUUUUUGUG